UCGUGAUGAAAUGGAUAAAAUUGCUUCCACACUCUGGUAACACUGCAUUGUAUACCAGAAAAAAAUGGUAUUAGCAGCGAAAAAAUCAAGUAAAUAAAGAAAAAAUCAAUUAAAAGUGCGCCAUUCUAAAGGAUCAUCCCAAAAUAUUCGAUCAUCAAUAUCAUAUGCUUAAGAAUCGGCCGGAAAAUCCGACACCGAACUAUUAGGCUAGUGAAAAAGUGCAAAAUAAACAUUCGCCCAGUGGAGGGGGCCAUUCAAAAAAAAAAAACACUAGAGUCUUCCGAAAAUACACAUAUUAUACCACACGGAUCGCUUUGGAUCUACAAUGGCCACCAGCGAGAUCUCGAGCUCCAAUGAGCGGCACUACUACGCCAAACUGGAGGCCAUCAAGGACAUCAGGGACAAGACGCUGUCGCUGGAGAAGCUCAAGGUGCGGAUCAUCAAGGAGGUGAAGCUGAGCGACGACGAGGAGAAGUGCCUGGAGGAGUACCGCAAGGAGAUGGAGCACCUGCUCGAGGAGAAAAUGUCGCACGUGGAGGAGCUGCGCCAGAUCCAUGCGGACAUCAACGACAUGGAGAACAUCAUCAAGCAGACGAAGGAGAACCAGACGCGCUCCUUCGACAUGGCCAAUCGGGUGUACGAGGAGUACCUGGCCCUAAAGUACCAGAUUGAUCACAUGCGCCGCGACUAUCUCGGACUAAGCCCGCUGCGAGAUCUGCACGAGGAGGAGGGCAGUCCCAUUUCGAAGGAUCGCUUCCAGACCAACUUCCUUAAGGUGGCCGCCCAGUCGGCGGCAGCAGCAGCUGCUGCAGCUGCGGCGGCGGCCUCGGUUAAUCAGAACUCGUCGCUGGCCCGUCCGCAUGCCCGGCAUCCUCUGAUGCCGGAGGCCACGGUCACCGCGCUGCCAACUGGCGGCGGACAGGGCGGCGUUGGUGGUGGCGGCGCUGCAGGCGGUGGCGGAGGAUCUGUGGGCGGCGGAGGCGGCGGUGGCGGCAAUCCUGGACACGCCUUCAUGCCACCCGCACCGCCGGGAGCAGGCAGUGCUGCUGCCGCCGCCGCUGCUGCUGCAGUGCGUCUGGGCAAGGGUGACUUCUCAGCACCACCGCCACCGCCGCCGCCCAGCAAUCGACUACAGCAAUCGCCCUCGAUCGGCAUCGGCCACCAUCCCUCGUUCCGCUCCGACUUCAAUGUGAAUCUCCGCCAGCAGCCGCCGCCCAUGAAGUCCUGUCUGUCCUGCCACCAGCAGAUCCACCGGAACGCGCCCAUCUGUCCGCUCUGCAAGGCCAAGUCUCGCUCCCGCAAUCCCAAGAAGCCCAAGAAGAAGAACAACUAAGCGGCCACCGUUCAAGACCAGCAACUACACUCAUCUUAAGUCCGGAGCUGGUUCCGGAAACUUAGCGCACUAAAUCGAAUGUUUUUUUUUUUUGCCUCAUCUAUUUAUUAUUAAUCCCAAUGGAAAGUAUUACAACGACGCAAGGCGGGUGUGCUCGUGAUUGUCGGAGAAGUUUUAAAAGAACGUCAAGUAACUGCAUGAAUAUUUUAUAAAUUAUUAGGGUAUUUAAAAAUCUCUGAACAAAUUAUUCACGACAGGCCGGCCAUUAACAAAUUCUCAUAACAAUUUUAGUUGGUAAACCCAAUUUGGUUUUUAUUUUUACUAUAAUCAUAGGCUAAGUAUUUUUUAAAAGCUCAAAUAACGUGUCAAAUUAUCGAGAACAAAAAUUUUGUUUAUACAUGUAAGCCAUGCUAAAUAUGCAACUAUGUUAUAUUUAAGCAGCAAAAAAAAAACACAAAUAUCAAUAAAAAUAUUUCAUUUUUAAA